GAGCCUGAGCUCGAGUCGAACUCCGUGUGGAGGGAUUUGGAGGAGAAGGUCCUGCGAAAGGCGCCAGAGUCUUCCAGCUCAGUUAGAUCAGAGGAGCCAGAUAUUUUGACAAAACUAUCACCCCACGAGCUGUCUCAGAGACUGCAAAGCUACCUCAAGACCCGGCCCCCGGCCCUGGACGCGGAGCUGCGGGUGUUGGAUCAACUGCUCACGGAAAAGUUCCGGCGCCUGAGGAGGAUAUGA